GCAAGGCAGCAAAACACAGCAGAAAACUAGCAAAGUUAUGCCUUUGGUUACAGGAGCUACAGGUGAGGACAGAUACAAACCCUUCAGAUUAGGUGACGUGCAAGCCAUUAUUGAUAAAAUGCCGCCGGUAGCAGAAGGAGGAGGACUGUGGUUAGAACAGAUGGGUAAGGUGACUGCAGGACACACAUUAGCUCUGGGUGACUUCAGGGCAGUGGCAGCCAGGUGUUUCACAGUUCAGGACUUGCAUGACAUUGAGGAGGCAGCCGGACUCAUGACAGAACAAGAUGACCAACCUUUGGCAGACUUUAUAUUCAAUAUCAGUACUGUACUCAGAGAGCGAUAUCCAGUUUCUGUUGCAGCAGCCAUACCUAAGUUUGUGUGGAAGCCAGAUCAGCAUCCUAGAGCUUAUCUUGAGCAGUGUAAGGAAGAGUGGGUCCGUAAAACAGGACAGCAUCCAGGAAGGGAUGAGAGCAAGGAGUGGUUCAGGACAGCGGUGUUAGAAGGUGUUCCAGUUUCAGUAAAACAGAGAAUGUGUGAUAAUCCUGACCUUCCAGGAAGUGAUUCACCAGUGUGGGAAAAACAUCUUGUUCAUCAUCUUCAGGUUGUAAAAAACAAAACAGAUAAGGAAAUGCAGGAGGUCCAGGACUUGCAGACUCAAUUGCUAAGACUAAAGCUGGGAAAGGCUCGAGAGCAGGCUUCUGAGAAGAAAAAACAGGAUAAACUGCAAAUGGUCACCUCUAAGGCCCCUUUGGGCCCAGAAGGUGAAUACUUAGCCAAUCCUCCCAACUGGAGUAACCAGCAGAGUGCACCUCAUGGUUCAGGAUGGCAGGCACAGAAACUGGGGGGUUACAGGAGAGGGCCUCCCAGGGGGCGUGGUGGAUGGAGAAGAGGUGGGCCCCGGGGCGGUAGACCACAGGGUUUGCAGGCGGGGGAUGUUUGUUUCCGGUGUGGGCAGUAUGGACACUGGGCCAAAUACUGUCAGGCCCCACCUCAGCAGCAACCACAGGCUCCACCCAGAGGGAACGUGAUGGCUCCACAUCCUCAGGCAGCCCCUAGUGGACAGUUCCCACUAGGGUCCUGGCAGCAACAAUGACAUGCCCCACAGAGA